GUCGUGGCCGUGUUGCUGAUCGCCUGGGUGGUUGUUGGCGUGUCCCUGCAGUGAAGGGUCCUGGUUGACAGUGAAAAAGCAGUCUGGCUCCCGAGGUCCACCCCUUAUACCCCAAGGUCCAGAUGGGGGCCAACGUGGGUGAUCAACGUAGCACAGAUUGGUCUUCUCAGUACAGCAUGGUGGCUGGGGCAGGCCGAGAGAAUGGCAUGGAGACGCCGAUGCACGAGAACACGGAGUGGGAGAAGGCCCGCCAGGCCCUGGCCAGCAUCAGCAAGUCAGGAGCUGCCGGCAGCUCUGCCAAGUCCAGCAGCAAUGGGCCUGUGGCCAGUGCACAGUACGUGUCCCAGGCAGAAGCCUCAGCUUUGCAGCAGCAGCAGUACUACCAGUGGUACCAGCAGUACAACUAUGCCUACCCCUACAGCUACUACUGUCCCAUGAGCAUGUACCAGAGCUACGGCUCCCCUUCCCAGUAUGGGAUGGCCGGCUCCUAUGGGUCAGUCACACCCCAGCAGCCAUCCGCACCCCAAAACCAAGGGACUCUGAACCAGCCCCCAGUCCCCGGCAUGGAUGAGAGCAUGUCCUACCAGGCUCCCCCUCAGCAGCUGCCGUCGGCUCAGCCCCCUCAGCCCUCCAAUCCCCCACAUGGGGCUCACACGCUGAACAGUGGCCCUCAGCCUGGGACAGCUCCAGCCACACAGCACAGCCAGGCGGGGCCCGCCACGGGCCAGGCCUAUGGGCCACACACCUACACCGAACCUGCCAAGCCCAAGAAGGGCCAACAUGAACCAGCCCUUAUGUGGAACCGCAUGAAGCCAGCCCCUGGGACUGGAGGUCUCAAGUUCAACAUCCAGAAGCGACCCUUUGCUGUUACCACCCAGAGCUUUGGCUCCAACGCAGAGGGCCAGCACAGCGGUUUUGGCCCCCAGCCCAACCCUGAGAAAGCUCAGAACCACAGCGGAUCCUCUGCCUGGGGGAACCUGUCUGGGAAACCCGAUGUGCCCCAGGACAUGAAAGAGUAUGUGGAGCGCUGCUUCACCGCCUGUGAGUCGGAGGAGGACAAGGACCGCACGGAGAAGCUGCUCAAGGAGGUGCUGCAGGCGCGGCUGCAGGACGGCUCGGCCUAUACCAUUGACUGGAGCCGGGAGCCCUUGCCGGGGCUGACCCGGGAGCCUGUGGCUGAGAGCCCUAAGAAGAAGCGGUGGGAGGCCGCUAGCAGCCUUCACCCUCCUAGAGGGGCGGGCUCGGCGACAAGGGGCGGGGGUGCCCCAUCCCAGCGAGGGACGCCCGGGGCUGGGGGUGCUGGUCGAGCCCGGGGCAACAGCUUCACCAAGUUUGGCAACCGCAACGUCUUCAUGAAGGACAACAGCUCUUCUUCCAGCACAGACUCCCGCUCCCGCUCCUCCUCCAGGUCCCCGACGCGCCACUUCCGCAGAAGUGACUCCCACUCAGACUCCGACAGCUCCUACUCAGGGAAUGAGUGUCACCCUGUGGGCCGCAGGAACCCGCCCCCUAAGGGCCGGGGCGGUCGAGGGGCCCAUAUGGAUCGGGGCCGAGGCAAGGCGCAGCGUGGGAAGAGGCACGAUCUGGCGCCCACCAAGCGCAGUCGAAAGAAGAUGGCGGCGCUGGAGUGUGAGGACCCCGAGCGAGAGCUGAAGAAGCAGAAGCGGGCAGCCCGCUUCCAGCACGGACACUCCCGCCGCCUGCGCCUCGUGCUGGUGCUGCAGAUGAGCAGCCUGGAGAGCAGUGGGGCUGACCCUGACUGGCAGGAGCUGCAGAUCGUGGGCACCUGCCCUGACAUCACCAAGCACUACCUGCGCCUCACCUGUGCCCCCGACCCGUCCACCGUGCGCCCUGUGGCAGUUUUGAAAAAGUCGCUGUGCAUGGUCAAGUGCCACUGGAAAGAGAAGCAGGACUACGCGUUUGCCUGCGAGCAGAUGAAGUCGAUCCGGCAGGAUCUGACGGUGCAGGGCAUCCGCACCGAGUUCACGGUGGAGGUGUACGAGACCCAUGCCCGGAUCGCGUUGGAGAAGGGUGACCAUGAAGAGUUUAACCAGUGCCAGACGCAGCUCAAGUCGCUGUACGCCGAGAACUUGCCUGGCAAUGUGGGCGAGUUUACUGCCUACCGAAUCCUCUACUACAUCUUCACCAAGAACUCGGGAGACAUCACCACGGAGCUGGCAUACCUCACACGAGAACUGAAGGCAGAUCCUUGCGUGGCCCACGACUUGGCAUUAAGGACAGCCUGGGCCCUGGGCAACUACCACCGCUUUUUCCGGCUCUACUGCCAUGCACCCUGCAUGUCUGGCUACCUCGUGGACAAGUUUGCAGAUCGGGAGCGCAAGGUCGCCCUCAAGGCCAUGACCAAAACCUUCCGCCCUGCGCUGCCAGUCUCCUACCUGCAGGCCGAGCUGGCCUUCGAGGGCGAGGCCGCCUGCCGGGCCUUCCUAGAGCCCCUGGGCCUGGCCUACACGGGCCCGGACAACUCCAGCAUCGACUGCCGCCUCAGCCUGGCGCAGCUGUCAGCCUUCUGAGCACCCAGCGAGGAGGGGCGGGGGCAGGGGCUGCAGCCCCCAGCGCUGCCUUUGCGGAUUCUGUUUUUGAGCCGUGGACUUGGGUUGUAAAUUGAUUUGUGGGGAGUGCGCUCCAGGAAGAGCCACCAUCCCUGCCCCCGUUUUCCCACCGGGGAGUCUGUACAGAGAUUUUUCUACGUUUUUAUUUUUUGCCUCAGAGGGAUGGGAUUGGGGAGGAGGGGAUGGGCAGCGGAAGGUUGGGGGCAUGGUCUGCAGGCUCAUCUGUGUCCGCCUUUCACUCCACUAAUGCUGUCUCAGUGUUUUCUCUCUCUCUCUUUCGAGCUUGCACUCCGGUACCCGACCCGGCGCCCUGGCCCAUCCCAUGCCGGGGGGGCCAGUGGAAAGAAGACAGGCCGUCCAGCCCGUGCCCGCCUGUGGCGGGGGCACCCAGCAAGCCCGCCCACCGCCCGCUGCCUCAACUGCUUCGCCACAGACUCUUGUUCCCAGCCCCUUGGGGCCUCCGUGUUUGGGGUGAGGGGAGCUGCUUAGAGACUGUGCCCGUCCUCGGCCCCCCACCCUGAAGUGCCAGCACCACCAGCACCAGAUCCUCCGCCGCCACACCGCACUGAGGACACGCCGGCCGGCCGCCUCGUCUCAAGUUGUAUAAAGUUGUCUCCGUGUCCCUUCCUCCCUCUGCCCCCAAUGUUUCUUCUGAUUUUUUUUCCCCUUUCCCUCCCUCCCUCUCCGCAUUCUUCCCUUGGUUCAGCACAGGUAAAAUGGUUCCCCUCCCUCCCUGCCUUCGUGGAUCACCAGCUCACGUCAUGUUGCCUUCUCUUUUCUUUGUGUGUGUGUUUAUUUAAGUUAUUUUUCUUCCUCCUCUCCCUUUUCUUUUUGGCCCUCCCUCCCUCCCUCUUCUGCCAUGUAACUGGAGGAUGUGCUAUGAGUUUGCAAACAGCUGGACUGUCAGGCUGCUUUUUUUCCAGAUGUUCCUCCUCUGCCUCCCCUUCCCCUCCUCUCCCCUCCCUUUCCUUCCUUCCUUCCUUUCCUUGGAGCACUGAGCACCAUUUGGAAGCUUGAGAGAAACCAAAAUUAAAGAGAGAAAGAGAAAAAACAAACAAACCAACAACAAAAAAAAACACAUUUAACUAAUCUGUCUGCUUUUAAAGAAUAUUAUACUACUUUUUGUAUAGUUAAAAAUCUUACAAAUACAUACAUUCAAUCUAUUCCUUUUAUUUAUUUAUUUUUUUGGUAAUGUUGUCAUACAGGUUACUUUUAUGUUUGCUCUAAAAGUCAAUACCUUACUACUCUCUUGCUUUAGGCAGCCAGCUGUAUUUCAGAGUAAUUAGAAAUAAGAAAAAAAAAUGGCCUUCCUGUAUUUGCUUUCAUAUGCCGUUUCAUUACCCUGUUUGUUUGUUUUUGUUGUUGUUGCUGUUGUUGUUGACUUAGAUCCAAGUUGGUUUAUAAUUAAUAUAUUUUUUCUGCCUGAAGUCAUCCUGAAAUAUUUCUUGUUUAUGGAGCUGCUGGCAAGAAAUUCUCUAUUUUGUGUUUCUGAAAAUUUCUUAAUUUUCCUUCCCUUCUGAAAAAUAACUUUUUUAGGAAUUGAAUUCCGGGUUGACAAUUUGUUUCAGAAUUUAACAACCUAAUUCCAUUUUUCUUUCAGAUUGCAUAUUUUCUGUACAGAAGUAUGCUGUAGUUCUCUUUUCCUUUGUAUAGGUGUGCCAUUUUUAUCUAGCUACUUUUGAGCAAUGUGUUUUUAUUUUUUUGUUUUCAGAAGUUGCAAUAUUAGACGUCUAUUUCUGCUUUUAUUGUUUUGUUAUUUAUCUUGAUUGCUGUUCUCUGAGUGUCUUGAAUCACUUGUGCAUUUUUUCAAGUUGAAAAUUCUUGGACUAUCUCUUCUCCAUCAUUCUUUCUCUUGGUUUUCUUUCAUCUGUGGAAAUUGCCACUACACUUAUAUUAAGUGAUUUCAUAUUAUCCCACAGCUCAUGCAUGCUCUGUUCCUUUUAAAACAAAAACGAAAACUCUUUUCUACUUGCAGUUUUUUUGGCUUACUUUUUAUGAACCUAUCUUCAUGUUUACUGAUUCUUUAGCUGUUUCAAGCCUACUUAUGAGCCUUUUGAAGGCAUUUUUCUUCUCUGUUAUUGUAUUUUCUCUGUAUAAUAUUUUUAUUGAGCUCUCCUUCAAAGUUUCAUCUUUCUAUUGAAGUUACCUAAUGAUGCAUUUCAUUCACCUUUUUCACUCAAGACUUAAGCAUAUUACUCAAAGUUAUUUUAAAUUCUGUUUUAUAGUUUAAAUGUCUUUGUCAUAUCUGAGUCUGGUUUUGUCAAUUGCUUCAUCUCUUGGCAGAGGUUGUUUUUUUUUCCUUCUUUUUUGUGUAUCUUGUAACAUUUUGUUCAGAGCUGGACAUGCUAUGUAGUGUAGUGGAAACUAUGGUGCAUAGCUUUUCUGUGUGAAAGUGGGACCAUCUCAUUCUGUACUGUGAUAUAAGAGGGUUAUUCUCUGUUGUUCUCGUUUAGCCUCAUUCUCAGGUAUGUACUAUGUCACUGAUCUCAGUGGUUGGGGCCUUCUCAGUGAUCUUGUGUCUCCCUGACCGAAGACCUCUGAUGGUCUGGGCCCAAGAAUUAUUGCUGUCUCUGCUUAAGGGUAGAUAUGGAUAGAUUUUAUUUUAUUUUUAUUUCUAUUCCCUACCCCUAGAUGCAGUGAGUCCUCGCUUGUGGUUGAUGCCCUUUAUUUAAACAGGGUAAGGCUUGUGUUCUGUAGGUAAGAUCAGGGAGUAGGAUCUUGACAGGGUUUUGUAUCUUUUCUACUAGAGUGGUUUUGUUUUCCCUUCAGCCUGAAACCAAAUAGAGGCUUUUUCAGCUAUCUUUCCCUGCCCCAAAUAUUUCUCAUGGAUACCUCGCUGUGGUCCAUUGAUAAGAGCUUGCUAGUAAGUAAAAAUUACCCUCUGUAUAGACCUGAAGGGUUUGGUACUUUUAUACUAAUUCGUUUUUAUGCUAGCCUUUAGAAAUUCAUUAAAACUUUAAUUGAAUUACUUUUACGGCCUUGCAUAGCAUCUGGCAUCCAUCUCAAGAAAACAAGUCCUUGCAUCUGUGUCUCUUUGAAGGUUCAAACUUAUUGAGAUUUUUAUUUGUGGUUCAGUAUACCAUCAAUAAAUUUCUACAAGUAGAAAUAAAACAGACAACAUUAUUUCACAAUACAAAAGAACAAACAGAAAUUAUUAAGAAAACAUGAAAAGAAACCAAAAAAGCUACUCAGCCUAUAAAUGUAAAAAGUAUCUCUGUGAUGGUUAAUGUCAAGUGUCAACUUGUCUGGAUUAAGGGAUACCCAGAUAGCUGGUAAAGCUUUAUUUUGAGGCAUGUCCAAGGUUUUUCCAGAAGAGAUUUGCAUCUGAAUCAGUGAACUAAGUAAGAAAGACCAGCUCUCACUCAGUGUGGGUGGGCACUAUCCAAUUGGCUGAGGACUCAGACACAACAGAAAAACAGAAAAAAGGCAAAUGUAUUUGGAGCUGGGACAUCCAUCUUCUCCCAUGCUUGCACAUCAGAAUUCCAGGUCCUCCAGCCUUGGGACUCCAGGAUUUAUACCAGUCACCUCCCCUCACCUCCAGGGUCUCGGGCCUUUGGACUUGGACUGAGCCAUGCCACCGGCUUCCCUGGUUUUUCUACUUGCAGACAGCAUAUGAUGGAACUCCUCAGCUUCCAUAAUCAUGUGAGCCAAUCUCCAUAAUAAAUCCCCUUUCAUAUAUCACUCUAUAUAUCCUAUUGGUUCUGUUCUCUGGUAAAUACUGACAAAUAAAACUCUAUAACAAUUCUUGAGUAAAAGGGAAAUUUUAAAUGAAGUUAAAUUAUAUUAUUAAAAACUGAAUGUACUACAUGUGUAUGUUCAAUACAUAUGCUACUACUACAUAUGUACUACUAAAAGCACUUACAGAGGAAAAAUCAUAGCAAUAAAAACCAAUAUCAAAGGAAAAAAGAAAUGAAUUCGACAUUCGUGAAAAAUUUUUUGAAAAAGAACAAUGAAACAAAUAAAAGGAAAGCUUAUGGAAGGGUUAUGGAUUGAAUGUUCCUACCCCACCUCCUAAAUUCAUAUGUUGAAAUCUUAAACCUCGAUGUGCUGGUUUUAAGAGAUAGGGCCUUUGGAAGGUAGAUAGGGCAUGAGGGUAGAGCCUUAUGAAUGGUAGCAGUGACCUCAUAGAAAAGACCACAGAAAGGUUUCUUGUCCCUUCCACUAUGUGAAGUCACAACGAGAAGGUGGCUAUCGAUAAAGCAGAAAUCGGGCCCUCACCAGGCACUGAAUUUAUAGGCCCCUUGAUCUCAGGCUGCCAGCCUCCAGAACUGUGAGAAAUAAAUUACCGUCACUUAGAAGCCACCCAGUCUGUGGUACUUCAUUACAGCAGUCUGAAUAGUCUAAGACAGGUUGUGGCAGGCAGAAUUCUAAAAUGGCUCCCAAGGCUUUCUAUCCUAACCUCUGAGACUGUGAACAUGAUGCACUGUCAUUCCCUUAUUAUAUCAUGUUACGUGUCAAAAAGAUUUUUUAUUUUUUUGCAGAUGUACUUAGGAGACUAAUCCAUUGACUUUGAGUUAAUCAAUAGAGAGUUUGUUUGGGUGUACCUAUCCUAAUCUCAUGAGACCUUUAAAAGCAGAGUUUUCUCCAUCUGAUAGCAAAAGGGAAACUCAGAGAGAGAGUUAAGGCACAAGAAGGAAUCCAUGUGAUUUUGGUGUCUUUGAAAGUGGAAAGAGCCACUUGGAAUGGACUUAAGAGGGCUCUCUAGGAACUGAAAAUGACCCUAGUUAAAAUAAGUAAAUAGGAACCUCAGUCUUAUAACAUUAAGGAACUGAAUUCUGCUAACAACCUGAAUGAGCCUAGAAGGUGAUUUUAUCCCAAAGCCUCCCGGAAAGAUUCCAGCCCAACUCAACUGACCCCUUUGCUUUAGCCAGUGAGACCCUAAGCAGAGAACUCAGUUGAGUCUGUCUACAUUUCUGAUCCACAGAACUAUGCGAUACUAAAUGAGUUUUGUUUUAAGCUUCUAAGUUUUUGUGAUUUGUUACGUGGCAAAAGAAACAAAUACCAAAAUAUAACAAUAAUUAAUGUUAGCCAACAGAAAAACAGUACAGUUAAUAUAUAAAUAGGUAAAUAAAUAAAUAAGCUUGUACUUGAGAAAGUUUAUAAUACAGAUAAAUUAUUCAUAAACUAACCAACAAAAAAGACAAAUAAAAGAUAUUAUUGUGCUUGGGGGAAAAUAAUAACAGAUAUGAACGGAAUUAAAAAAUCAGAAGAUAUUAUUUUGCAGAAAAGAGAAUGGAUAACAUACCUUCAUAUUUAUUUUAUCUGCCUAAAGAAAUUCUGAAAGAAUGUUAUAUAUAAGAGACUAUUAAUAAUAAUAACUAAAAACUGAAGGCGGGGUGUGAGUGGAGGCUGAAAACUAGAUCAAUGGCAGACAGCUGUGAGAAAAAGUACAUAUAUAGUUUAUAUAUCUGUGAAUUUUGUUCUUGAACUAUGUGAGUUUAUUUCUUUUUUCAAAAAAAUUAAUUUAAAAAUAAUGAUUGUGCAAGUAAAUUCUAAAAUAUUACUAAAUUACUUCCUGACCUACAUGUCUGCUGGUGUGAUUUAAUUAUAUGUAUUUCAAGAAGUCUUAUUUUAAAACAAAUACAGUUCUUUUUAAAUCAUUUUUAUUACAUUAAAAUAAAUGUAUGACAGACAGGUAAUCACCAAAGCUGACGUACCUUCAAACACCUAGGAGAUUUUUUUUUUUUUGACAAUACUGUUUUAAUUAAACAAGAUGUCCUUUGGAACAGCCAAGAUGGAAACAUUUAGAAGUCUCCUUUCACUCUUCUGUGGAAAGUGUGGGAAAUGAAUAAUGGACAUAGGUAAUUAAAAUGAGAGGUUUUGAAUUACCUAAGAUGACAUUCAGCAAUAUCAAGAGGACAUCCCUGGGAACAUGCAGAAAAAUCACAAGGCUUCUUAAUAGGAUGGGAAACAGAAAAAGAAACAAGAAUGAAUCUUUUAUUUAGACAUGAUGAUAAUGGUAUUCCUUCUAGAUUUGGAUCCAUGGUAAGAAAGCGAGUCUCAUUAUAUGAGGGAGAAAAUUAUUCUAAUAUGAUUAAUAUGGCAGGUUGGUAAAAAUAAGAAAGGGAUGUGAUUGACAUUGUUUUUGUAACUUUUUAUACUAAAAUUCAUCAUGGAGAGAAAAGAGAGGAAGAUGUAAAUGUCUUCAUAAUGAAUAUAUGCAGAGACCAUAUGGUAGAAUUAUAGCUCCCAAAUGGCAUCAAUUUCUACAUAGUGCUCUAAUUUGGAAUAUUACUGAUAACCUAAUUUUGGAUGUGUUUCAAGCCCAUCAUUAUAUUUAUCUCCAAAAGAACCAAAGGAAUGCAUUUUGGGAAAAAAAAAAAGACAAACUUCAGUCUGGUGGAUAUUGACGCAUUUAAGAAAAAUAAACAAAUGAUAAAAACUGCAUGGAAUGUAAUGAUACAUGGCAUGAGGAAGAAAUAAUACAGGCAUGUGGAAGAAAUGAUAGAUUAGAUAACAUCCUGAUAAAUGUUAUUUUUAAAAUCCUUCCUUCUUCCUACAAUAGGUAAUCUCUGGGAAAAUGAUUAGAGCAAGGACUAAUCAUAAGUAGUGAGUUCUUUUAGAAUACAUGCACCCACUGCACAUGCAUGCGCGCAUGCGCGCGCGCACACACACACACACACACACGCACACACACACACACACACAAAGCUUUUUAUCAUAGCCAGAGAUGGACACAGGUAAUAAAAAACCAACUCAUCUCUACUUACAAUAAAACCCUAAAAUAAAGAACAAACCUUAUUAUAAGGACAUGAAAUUUCAAACGAAAGUAUAAUUGGGUUGCUGAAUUUUAAGACUGCAUUACUGAGCUACAACAUUAUUGUGGUAACUUUAUUACAUACAUUUAAAAAUGAGCUCAUUGUCAAGCAGUUUGGAGUCUCUGUCUCUUUCUGUCUGCCUCAUCAUUCACCCCUCCUACUUGCCCCAACUUCACCCUGAUGAAAAACAAUGCUCUCUUCUGUUUCCCUGCAUAAUAGGGAUCAGAAUUUAUUCUCACUUUCCCAUAAAAGGUGUCACCUGGUCAUUACAAAAUUUCAAGUCACAAUUAUUGCAAUGUGUCAUAGUCAAACCUUUAAAUUUUUGAAACUUUCCCAAUUGUAUAAGCAUAAAUUUUCAUGUAAUAAUAUAAUAAACAAAAACCUUUUUCUGCCAUGAAUGAUGAGAGAACAUCUGGCUUUCUUUUUAAAUGGUCAAAAUCAGUCAGAAAAAAGUUAUCAAGUUUUAAAUAGGAAAAAAAUUACUGUUAAAAUUUGUCACGAUCAUAUCAUAGAGCAACUUCAUCUUUUUAAUUUUAGUUCCAUUCUGAUGAAAGAUGGCUAAAACCAAGGAGUGAUGUUCCACUUGAGGAGGAAAUGUUUUUUAUUCUAGGUAUGAAAACUAUCCUUAAACCAAAAUCAAACAUGAUGCAAACACAAUAUUUAAGAAUUAAUUCAUCAUUCUAUCAUGCAAGUUUAGAGUAAUCCAGAUUUUGUAUUCAGACUACCUGGGCUCAAAUUUUGAUGCACCAUUUGCUUAGCUAUAUGACUGUCUGCAACUUCUCAACUAUAAGAUGAAGGCAAAUAAAUAAAUAAAUAAAACAAAAAACCUCACAUUUCAUAGUAUUGUUAUGAAGCUUAAAGGAGGUAAUACUUGAAAAGUGUUUUGUUCAGUGCCUGGCAAAUUAAUUAGUAUUUACUUAAUGCCACUACUAUUAUUUUAUAUAUAAAAGAGUCAUCUAGGAAGGACAUAAACCACAGUAUCUCUUUUAAGAAAAAUUUAUCUUUCAUUUUUAUGUGAAAUGGGACAGGCAGGGAGUGGAGGUGAAAAGAAAAAUUACUUAAGACAAAAAAAAGUAGCACAAAAGUUCAGAGACUUGUCAUACUUAAAGGCUUUGAAUACACAGUUGUAUAUAAUGUCAUCACAUCCUUAUCCUUUGAAAGCUUUGUCAGAUAACCCUACAAAAUUAAAACUAACAAAAAAACUUCAUCACGAUCUUCUCUUGCCACUGCACUAUAUAUCUCCUACUCUUUGCAGUCACGUAUCUUUAAAUAAUUAAACCUGGAUGUCACAUUGAUUUUCACAAUGUGAAUGUACAUUUUGGUUAUAGUCAUAUUGUCAUUGUUUAAGCACCCUCUCAAACAGUGACAAUAUGACUAUAAUAAAAAUAUUCUCUCUCUCUAUAUAUACACACAUAUAUAUGGCUAUAUUCCUUGGACAUAUUUCAGCCCUUAUCCUCCUUAUUCUACUUGUUACCAAUCCAUCUUUGGUUGCUUGAAAACUAUGUGUAGCAACAGCACUCCUACAAUAAACUAAUUCUUCUCACUUGAUGUCCAUGUCCUUAUCUUACUUUUCUCCUGCCCCUCUGGGCUUUCUCUUUUUACCAUUCACUUUGCGAUCUCCUAAAAUGUUGAUGCUCUUUACAGCCAUAUCUAUUCCUUCUGUUCUCAUUCUGACUGACAUCCAAAGGAAAUCUCACCCACUUCCAUGUCUCUGAGAUUUACACUUUCUACUUAGGCUUAUCUCACCAGCUCUUGACAAGUCUAUCCAAGAGACUUCUGAAAUGGCUGUUUAAAUGUCUCAAAGUACUUCAGAGUUGAUUAUUUCAAACUGAAUUCUUCUUUCACUGUCUUUUGCCCUUUAAAGUUACUCCUAAAUUUCCUCAGCUCACCAAAUGGUCACCACUAUGGAGUUGCUCAGUUUAGAGUCCUGGGAGUCAUCCUUGAAUACUUCUUGUCCCUUGGAACCAACAACCUAUCAUCACUAAGCUCUGUCUCUUAGACUUCGGAUUGCCUGUGUCCACUCAGCUUCAUUCCUAGGAUUAAUACCAGAAUCUAUCCACAAAUAUUCUACUUGGAUUACUUGUGAAGCCACUUAACUGCUCUCCGUAGCUCCAUUCAGCCUUUCCCCCUUCAUUUUCCAUCCUCAUUUAAACAUCAACACUUUAAAAUGAAAAUCUCAUGAACAUUUCCCAUAGUACACAUUCUUUAAUGCCUCCCUGUAGUUCGUAGGAUGAAGACCAAAAUUGUUUUACAGUUUGACCCUUGCUUAUAUUUCCAGGCCCAUCCUUUGCCACUCUUCCUCUGGCAAAAUACUUUCAUCUCAAUCUUAUUUUUCUGUUCCUUACUUUUCUGUUCCUUUCUGUUCUAGGAUUUUUAGUGUUUCAAGAUUUUUUCCGUAAGUGUUUUCCUUGUCUGAAAUGCUCAAACACCUCUAGUCUCUAACCAUUAAGCACAAUCGUUUUCUUUCUUAGGUUUGCUAUCACUUCUUUAGAAUAUUUUGGGGAUUUUUUUUUUCAGUAAGGGAUGUCAAACCUACCACACCAACCACCUGCUCAAUAUUCCCAUUACAGUUCAGAACAGGGAUUACUAUUUUUUCCAUAAAUAUUCAUCAGUAAUGGAUAAAAUUUUAUUAGUAGAACCCUCAUAUUUUAGCUACAAAUAUGGGAAUCCAGCUAAAGACUGCUUUCCUGGCCUCCUUUCAGCUCAGUGUGGACAGGUAAUUAAUUUCCGUCUAUGGAUUGUGAACAGGACUGAUGGAUGCCACUUCCCAAUUGUGCCCCUGAAGUGAAAUAUAGUUAUAUACCUCUGCCUCUUUCCCUCUUUUCUGUGGUGGGAAUAUAGUGAGAACUAAAGCAGCCACCAAGGACCCAGGGAUGGAAGCCACAUUUUUCUCCUCUGGCCCAAACUACGUAACUGUAUUUUUAAGUCUCAUCUUAGCAACUUAGCCUGCACAUAAUACACACUAUGUUUUCUUCACGGUAGAUGUAAUUACUCUAUAUUGUAAUUUAUUUAUAAUAUCUAUUUAAUCUGUCACAUGCUGUAUGUUAAUCACCUCUAUGCUUUUGGUACCUAAUGCAGAAUCUAGACAAAGAGGAAUUAAUGAAUGAAUAAAUGAAAGUCUAUAGGGUAAAGCUGGGGCAUGGUAGGACUAGUCCUUUAGAAGUCUCCUGAUUCUUAGUUUACUGCUCUUUGCAAUCCACAGCAUUAACCCCCACAAAUAUAUGCCCCAGGUGUAGCCUGACUCAUAACAUCACUAACCCUACUACCAAUGGUGAUGUCUAAGCACUUUGUGCUGGGUUAAAGUUUCAAACAUUUUCUUAUAGAGAUUGGAUGAUCUAAGCAGUAGAGUCCCUUAAACCAAGGUUCAGCGCCAGGCACGGUGGCUCACGCCUGUAAUCCCAGCACUUUAGGAGGCCGAGGUGGGCGGAUCACGAGGUCAGGAGAUCGAGACAACCCCAUCUCUACUAAAAAAAAUGCAAAACAUUAGCUGGGCACGGUGGUGGGCGCCUGUAGUCCCAGCUACUAGGGAGGCUGAGGCAGGAGAAUGGCAUGAACCCGGGAGGCGGAGCUUGCAGUGAGCCGAGAUCGCGCCACUGCACUUCAGCCUGGGCGACAGAGCGAGACUCCGUCUCAAAAAAAAAAAAAGAAAAAAAAUCAAGGUUCAGAAUGGACCAUUUUUUGCCUUGAGUGAGAUUAUACAGCACACUGAAAUAAUACCUUCAGUACUGAAUGAUUUGGCGUUCAAGGGAAUUAAAAUAAGGCUUUCCUUUAUGGUUAAAAGUGAAUUACAAAAAAAGGGAUACAGGCAGGCAAUUACUCUACUCUGUAAGCUAUAGGAAUGAAAGGGAUUUCACAAUGUGAGUAGUUCAGAUUCAUAUAAUGUGAAGAGCUGCUGGCAAGUGGGAAAUCACGUGGUAAUCUAAAGGAGAGAACUGAGGCUAUAAAUGCAAACUCUCACACACAGACACACACACACAUACACGCACACACGCACUUCAACAAUGCACUAAAUGAAGAAGUUCUGAAGUAUGGAUAAAAAUUUUAGCCCAAAAUGUGUUAUAUUUUAAUUUAAAAAACCACUGAGAAUGCACAUGGUCAAGAUAUUUGGCAUAUAAGAUAAUAAAUACUACAGAGCUAGAGCUAAAAUAAGGGCAUCUGCACUCUGUUGAUAUUAUGUGAUCUAAUUUAAAAUCUAGAAUUAAUAUACAGGAUGGCUUCUGAAAUGCCUUAUGAAUUGAACUGUAGCCCUGCAAAAUCCAUACGUUGAAGUGCUAAACUCUAGUACCUCAAAAUGUGACCUUAUUUGGUAAUAGAGUCUUUGCAGAUAAUUAGGUUAAAAAUAAGGCAGUUGGCUGGUUGCGAUGGCUUACGCCUGUAAUCCCAGCACUUUGGGAGGCCGAGGCGGGCAGAUCACAAGGUCAGGAAAUCGAAACCAUCCUGGCUAACAUAGUGAAACCCCGUCUGUACUAAAAAAAAUACAAAAAAUUAGCCAGGCGUGGUGGCGGGCACCUGUAGUCCCAGCUACUGGGGAGGCUGAGGCAGGAGAAUGGUGUGAACCCAGGAUGAGAAGCUUGCAGUGAGCCGAGAUCGGGCCACUGCACUCCAGCCUGGCCAACAGAGCAAGACUCCAUCUCAAAUAAAUAAAUAAAUAAAUAAAAAUAAGGCAGGGUGAGCUCUAAUUCAAUAUGACUGAGUGUACAUAAAAGUGUCUUUUUUUAAAGAUAUAAAACAUACAACAUUUAUUUUGUGACUUACAGCAAGACUUAAAAUUUUGAAGAAAUCAUCAGUUCAAAAUUUUCAGUUUUCUUUGAUAAACUGAGAAAUACCUAAGUAAUGAACCAUUUAGACCCCUUCUCAAAAUCGAUAUACAAACAGAAAUUAGACGUGACUUCAUAGAUGUGUUCUUAGUUAAGGAAGGUAAUAUAGCUACAGUAACACUACAACUUAAACUAGCAUCCUUCUCAUUACUUGUGAUGGUUAAUUUCAUGUUUCAACUUGGCAAGGUCAUAGUACCUAGUUAUUUAGUCAAACACAAAUCUAAAUAUUGCUCUGAAGGUACAACACUCCCUCUUUAUCUGUGGAGGAUACAUUCCAAGACCCCUAGGGGAUGCCUGAAACCACAAAUAGUACUGAACCCAAUUAAUGUCAAUUGGAAUAUGUUUCUUUUCCUGUCUUACAGCCACAAAUUUAAUGCCUUUUCCAUCUUAGCUAAGUACUUACUGUGUACCAUGGCCAAAACAUUUUCAAUUUGAGGCUCUACAUCAAACUAGCACAAAUUUCUUUUUCCUUCUUCACAAUCUCAUUGAUAGAAAAUUUAUUAUUAUUGCAGAUCUUAGCAAUCUCAACAUACAAACUUUUUUUUAUGUAUUGAGUCAAGAACUUUGACCUUUUCAUCUCAAGGAAACACCUGAUGACAUUUCUUUGGCCUAUCUGAGUUUCCAGUAUCACUACCCUUGCAAUCUGGGGUCAUUAUUAAGUAAAAUAAGAGAGACUUUAACACAGGCACUGCGGUACCAUGACAGUAGAUUUGAUAACUGAGAAGGCUACUGAGUGACUAAGGGGUGAGAGAGUAGAGAGUGUGGAGAUGAUGGGCAAAGGAAGGAUUCCCAUCCCAGGAGGAACUGAGUGAGACAACUUACAAUUUUAUGGUGCUGCUCAGAACGUUGCACAAUUUAAAAUUUAUGAAUUAUUUAUUUCUGCAGUUUUUCAUUUUAUAGUUUUGAACCAUGGGUAGCUGAAAUUGAGGGAAGCAAAUCCACAGAUAAGGGAGAAAAUACUGUAUUUUGUAGAUAUGGUUACUAUCUACAAUCAGUUAACUUUAAUUAAAGGAGAUUACACUCAGUAAGUUUGGUGGGCCUCAUCCAAUCAGUUGAAAGCCUUAACAGCAAACAUUGAGGUUUCCUGGAAAAGACAUUCUGCCUCAAGACUGCGGCAUUAUUCCUACUCAAAUUUCCAGCUGUCCAGCCUGAUCUACAGAUUUUGGAGUUGCCAGCCUCCAUAAUCACAUGAAGAAUUCCUUUAAAAACAGACACACACAUAAAGAUAUAUGCAAACCAUUUCCUUAAAAAAUAAAAUGAAACAAAAAAGAUAUAUAUCUAUAUGGUUAUAUAGAAACUAUAUAUAUUAUAUCUGUAUUCUAUCUAUCUAUCUAUAUCUAUCUAUAUAUCUAUAUCUCUAUCUAUCUAUCUAUCUAUCUAUCUAGUUUCUGUUUCUCUGGAGAACCCUGCUGAUACAUUACCUAACUUUAAAAUGUAGUCUGUCUUUUAUAACAUUUCUAGGCUAAACAGAUCAUUAAGCAUGUAUUUAAAUUAUAUUCAGUGAUGAACAUAUAAAUAUGUAUAUUCAUGGACCAAACAUACUGAUUGCAUUCUUUUCUUAUAAUGUAAUGUCUUGUAUUUUGGUCGCAGACACUGGAAGCUCAUGCUC